CAGAACAGUUAACAAGAGAAGAGUUAUACGAGCUUUUUGAUUUAUUAAAGCAAGAACCACCAAGAACUUAUCUUCUUAAUUUAUGGAAUCACAAAAAUGGUAUAUGUAGACAAGGAACAAAGAAUUUAUUAAAAAAAUUAAGAGCGGUUGCACCUAAACUUACAUAUAGACAUACGGGUAACUCAAAUCAAUAUGGUAAAACACCUCCUAAAAUCACAUGGCAAGGAUGUUCGUAUGAUUGUAAUAUGAAGGUUUCUACUUUGGAAACAGAACAAACUAAUAGAUUCUUUAACAUACUUAAUAAAAAGGCUCCAAUUGAUGAAAUAAAAAAUUUCAUUUGUUCAUGUAUAGAUGAAUUUGAUAAAUUACAUGAUGAAUUAUAUUUGAAGUAUGAAAAAAUAUUUAAUGAACAAAAAUAA